UAAAAGCCACUCCUCAAAAAAACCAAAAAAAGGAAAGAUUAAAGAAAAACAAAGCAAUGGGCGGAGGCAAUGGCCAAAAAGCAAAGAUGGCUCGUGAAAAGAAUGCUGAAAAGAUGAAAGCCCAAAAGGGAAGCCAGCUCGAGGCCAAUAAGAAGGCCAUGAAUAUCCAGUGCAAGGUGUGCAUGCAGACAUUCAUUUGCACCACUUCUGAAGUUAAGUGCAGAGAACACGCUGAGGCGAAGCAUCCCAAAGCUGAUGUGUAUGCAUGUUUCCCUCAUCUCAAGAAAUGAUAUGCAUUUCAGAGACUGGACUAAUGGCGUUUCCCAACUAUGUUUCUAAAUUCUGUUAACCAUGAUAAAGUUUGAGUCUGUUCCAAAGUUGUUUCUUAGUUCUGCUUCAAACUGUUGAUGGCUACUUAGUUUGGAACUCUUUGUGAAAGAUAUGUUUAUAAUAACUGCCUCCGCCUCUCAUAUUCA